UGGAUUAAAGCUAAGCAGCUCCAUUUCGCAGCACCACCUGAUCUUCCUCUGCCUGUGCCCCAUAUAAAGGCUGGCGUGAUUGCUGAUCUCAGCUAGUCUGACAGUCUCUCUCUCUCUUUCUCUUGCGCUCUCUCCCUCCUCUCUCUGUCUGUCUCCAUCUCUUCUCUUCCUCACUGGUCUCUUAAGCCUGCUGCAUCACAGGAGCUAUCCAGUGCUGAACAGGAUCGCUUUUAUUUUUUAUUUUUUUAUUUUUUCUGGGGGAAGCUGAGGGAACCAAAGAGUAUCAAGCCAGCAUUGUCAUCAGCCUUGUUCUCCACUGGUUUUCAUCUUUUUUUGCUUUCUUAUCAUAUGUUUUUUUGACCACACCAACCACAAGGAUUACCGUCAACCAGCUCUGCUUGUUUGCGUCCUCAGAGGUUCUUCUAUUUUCUCUCAUGCGUUUCUCUCAGUCCCGUGUUUUCAUCCACUGAAACAUGCCCCGCUCUUUUUUGGUGAAGAAGAUCAAGCUUGAUGAUUUCUCUUCGUCCAAUGUGGCCAACUCCAACCAUCAUCACCACCUGGACGACUCGUUCACUUUUGCCCGCUCCAUCACAGACUCGGUGACCAGUCUCGGGGUUCGUCUCAGUGAGAAUGGAUACAUCCAGGAUUACAUCACACCAUCUGUAUACCAGGGGGAGAAGAAGAUGGAGCAUAAGCUUGCUUCGCCGGUGUCGGAUCCCCUGUACACCCAGGUGAGCAGCGGUGGGGAGUACUGUGACCCAGACUUGAAACAUCCCGACAGCCCCCAGUCCGGCAUGACGGCGAGUGGCUUCUACACUGGUGAAUCGGAGGCUCUGGCCGAGGGUUACACCAUGGAUGCCUUCUUCAUCUCCGACGGGCGCUCCAGGCGAAAGGGAGAGGGCGAGGCUCGCGGGUCUAGCUCGAGAAGCAGCAGCGCCAACGGUGGGGUUCAGGAGAGGGGAGCCGGCGUUCCUCGCCACACCUGCAACGAGUGCGGAAAGACCUACGCCACUUCCUCCAACCUCAGCAGACACAAGCAGACGCACCGCAGCCUGGACAGCAAGAUGGCCCGCAAGUGUCCCACCUGCAACAAAGUGUACGUGUCCAUGCCGGCUUUGGCAAUGCACAUCCUCACCCACGACCUCAAGCACAAGUGCGAAGUGUGCAGCAAGGCCUUCAGCCGGCCCUGGCUGCUGCAGGGUCACAUGCGCUCACACACGGGGGAGAAGCCCUUCGCCUGCGCCCACUGUGGCAAAGCCUUUGCUGACCGUUCAAACCUCCGCGCCCACAUGCAAACACACUCUGCCUUCAAGCACUACAGAUGCAAGCGCUGCAAUAAGACCUUUGCUCUCAAGUCCUACCUGAACAAGCACUAUGAGUCAGCUUGCUUCAAGGGCUCCGCAGACGAAGACGAUUCUGGAUCAGAAAACUAACCACGACAGAAGCAGAAUUUCUGAACCCCUGUUGAAGGUUCACAACCAAUAACCCUGUUCACUCUACCCUCCAUGCCUUUUUUCUUCCCUUUUUUUAGAAAGCAAUAUUUUCACUGAGAUUACGUGAAGAAACUCUGAUAACUGAUUAUGGCAAAGACAAUUUCAAAAGAUGCUGGAUUUUUUUUCCCUGCACAGUAGCUAAUCGUCCACAGAAACAUACAAUCAAUCAACCUUCCCCCAAAUAGAGACUGUAGAUGGUAGUUGUACACAACUCAGCAACAUGUGCUCACGCCAAUGUGGGGACAUGGAGACACACACACGCAAACACGCACCCACGCACUGAGACACAUACAUGAAUGCACACCCACUCUUACAACACAAUUAUAUAUGAGGCCUGGCAUGUGAAUUUUUAUCAAUGACUAUAAUAAUAUUGAUAUCAAUAGUAAUAAUAUUUAGAUUCCUGAUAUUUUAUAGGAAAUAGUAACAAAAAACAAACAAAAAAAAAACAUAAAAAAGGACUAACAGCGUUAUUUUGUUUUUUAGAGACAAAAUGACCUCUUGUAUUUUUAUGCUGCUUUUUAUUUGCUAAGAAUUGAAUUCUUUUGCAACUGCCAACAUAAACUUUUUACAAAAAUGUGAACUAUGACAGUAUUUGCAAAAAAAAAAAGGGAGAUCAUUUUAAAAGGUAAAAAAAAAGACAAACCCUCCUUUUUUCCACACCAACCUUUCAAUUCAACGGAUGUUAUUUUUCUAUUUAAUUUUUCUAAAUUUAUUUUUUUGUGCUUUUUAUCUCUUGUUGAUCAAAAGCUUCUUUGUAACUGUGGGUACAUCAAACAGAGCUCGUCUUAAAUAAGCUAUAAAAAAAAAAAAAAUCAUACAUCAUUCAGAUCAAUUCUGCAGGAACAGUGAUUUUGAAAUGUUGUCCUGUUGAGCAGGUACAAUUACUCCCACCAUCUGAUCAGAUUCAUAGUCUCACCUUGAUGCACAGACUUGGACAAAAAAAAAAAAAAAACUGAAAGCCAGACCAAAUGUUUUAAUAAGUGCCAUGAGCAGUUCACUCAUCUAUAGCAAUUAAAACUCUUAUCGUUCUUCCUUCACCAUGAUGGCUGGCGUAAACCCCGCUGCCUUCUUGGUGCCUCGUCCAGUCUUAAUGAGUAAUCUCGACCCCGUAUUUGAGGUGCUCACCCCCUCCACCAGUAUUACCUCAGAGUGAACGUACGGACUCGCACACCCUCAGUUACAAAGUGACACAUUUUUGUGUUUGUCUGUUUUUAUAUGUCGCUCAAAGCUACUCCCAUGGUUUGGUAGAUGCAUACCAUCUAUUUAUCAUGUAAAUACUUUAUUUGUCCUCCUGUUUGUCUAUUUAUUUAUUUACUUAUUUAUUUAUUUAUUUAUCCUAUUUUCGCUUAUUUAUUGAAUACUUAUUUAUCAUGUAUUUAUUUAUGGGUUGUUAUUUGAAAAGACCAACAUCCAUUGUCCUUGUAAGAUGCUGCUGAUCUUCAAAGAAAAUGUUUAUAUGCAUGAAAACUGUAGAGAGUCCAUGGGACUUAGUUUUAAAGAGGAACAAUGUACAGUACCAGUGCUAGAGGACUUCCAAUGAAUGAAUGCAGACUUAGUUUUUAGGCUUUGUGGCAAUAACAAGACUGGAAAAAAAGCAAUGACAUGGAAAAACAAUCCCAGCUGUUCUGUUUUUGUUUAACAUAGGGCAAUAAAGAGAAAACGAUGACACAAAAAUACUGAUUGUGUUUACCAAAAGCACUCCAACUUCUCAAAGAGGGAGAUUUUUGGCCUCUUUUUUUUUGUCUUUCAAUCUCAGGCAACUACCAGUUCUCAGAAGUGAUCUACGCUAAUGUGCAUCGCGGAAAUCAGAAAAAUAAAAAAGUCUCGGUGUGCUAAAGUUGAAGCAAUAAUAACGCCAAGAUCAGCAGGCCAUUACUUCAAAACUGACACGGGGCUGAUAUUUGUUAACCUAAUAAUUUUUCAUUCCACAUUAAAACCACAACAAGACACUAAUUUUCAUUAGGUGAGAGUGAUAAUAAAGUUUUAAAACACACCAUGAGGCAUGUAACGAUUUGAACUCCUCCUGAGAUAGCAAAAGGAUGUUUAUGUGUGCUCUUUAGCAGCAAUUAUAAAAUAAUCUUGGCAUUAACUUUCUGAGUGAAGGAAGAUUUUUUUUCUCAAUAGCUGUAAUAAAAUGACACGCAGCAUUGAACUUCCAAACCCGCAGCUUUAUAUUUUCCUGCAUCCCUCCCUUACCCAGCAGCCGUCCUCACCCUGUCCCAACUGCCUCUGAACAGACGCGCCGCGCAUUAGAUGUGCUGAAGUAGGAUUGGCGGAGGGUGGUGGAGUGUGGGAGGAUAACAGGUGUUUGUAGACAGACUGCAGAUAGGGAGCGUAAUUGAGUCGGUGAGCGACCUCCAAGGGGAAGGUCAAGCACCAGCAGGCAAAUGCACUGUCAGCUAUUUGCAUAUUCCAAAUGGAUGGCACUAUUGCAGCAAUGCUGAGCUCGCUUUGAAAAAAAGAGAGAGAAAAAAAAAAGCUAAGCUGAGGAGGAGAAAGGAGAGCAAAGAGGAGCUUCUGUUCUAUUUGUUCAUCCUCUUCUUUCUGCUUCACCAUCAUCCUAUGUAGUGCUACAGCUGAAUCCCUGCAUGAGAGCAUCCAAACCACCUGUCUAAUAAUCAACGUGUCGGACACACAAUCUGGAAAAUCGCUGGCAAAAAAAGAUUGCUUCUGAAAUCUAUUUUUUUUUAUUUUAUUUAACAUGUGAGAGAACAAUAAGGCAUCACCAAAAUGUGAGGGUUGUGUAUU